AGCAAGAAGGUUGAUAUGAUUGGAUGGGUAGCAACUGCCUUAAAGUUCAAGGCAGCCAAGGCCUUAAGGGGCAAGAUACCUUGAAGAAUCAGUGUUUCUAUCAUUAUUCGAGACAUGUAAGAAGUGGCGUGCUGUAUGUGGCCAUUCUCUUUACCCACGCAGCCUGCCUUCUCCGAAGUACCUUUACAUGCGUCGAUGUUGUCCUGUUACGCCACCUUGUCUCUUGCCAACGCAUUCCUAACCCAUCGAAACGGCACAAAUUUGCUCUGCUUGGUUGCCCAUGACUGCUUGUUUGAUAGCACGUCCAGCUCCCCCGUGGGCACUUUUUUUUUUGGGUGGGAGAGGCUAUAUUACAUAGCCGCAGCUUUAAGGCAAUCACCCAUCUUGUGCCAAUUCCUCUAGAAUAUGAGUACAUCGAUUAUGUAUAGUAUACAGAUAAUA